CUACUGACUAAGUAACAAAACUCCCUCCAUGGCUCCAUGUCUCAAGAUUCAAAUCUUAUCCAAAAUGACCGAAAGGUUGGAAGUGGUUGGUCUCAAGAAUGCUGCAAGCAAAUAUGAGUGGGAUGAUGGAUCCGAUCAUGAUGAUGUGACAAAGAUAUAUGUACGAGGUGGUCCUAAAGGCAUACAAUUUAUCAAGUUUGAAUAUGUCAAGACUGGACAACUGAAAGAUGGAUCAUUCCAUGGUUAUUCAGGCCCAGGUUUCACACAGAUGUUUGAGAUUGAUCAUAAAAAAAAUGAACAUCUUUUAUCUGUUGAGGGUUUCUUCGAUUUCCAAAACGACGUAAUUUUUGCACUUCAAUUCAAAACAAACUUGAAGAUCUCUGAAAUCAUGGGUUAUGAAUAUUUUAAUCAUAAGUUUACGCUAGCAAUGGAGGGAAAGAAAAUCAUUGGGUUUCACGGUUCUGCUGAUGCUAACCUCAAAGCUCUUGGUGCAUAUGUUACUUCGAUUACUCCUGCAAGAAUGGAAGCCAAAGGGGGCAAAGGAGGCAAGGAAUGGGAUGAUGGAGGCGACUAUGAGGCUGUAACCAAGAUUCAUGGACGAAGUGAUCAUAAAGGCAUAAAAGACAUCAUAUUCGAUUAUGUUGACAAGGAUGGACAUCCCAAAGAUGAAACCCAUGGUUCUACCUCGGGUCAAGGUUACACACUUGAGCCGUUCGAGAUUAACCAUCUCGGCAAGGAAUAUCUGCUGUCUAUUGACGGUUACUAUGAUGAGACAUCCGGUGUCAUUCAAGCACUGCAAUUCAAAACCAACAUGAAGACUUCGGCACUUAUGGGCUACUAUGACGACGAUGCUGUGAAGUUUACAACUGAAUGCAAUGGUAAUAAGAUCAUUGGGUUUCAUGGAUAUGCUGAGAAGAACCUAAACUCGCUUGGAGCAUAUUUCACAACACUUCCUCUAACUAAAUUGGAAUUCGAAGAUAGUUUUCAUGAAAAGCUCUAUCAGAUAUAUGGUAAUUCAGGUGGCCUUUGGGAUGAUGGUAGUUUCCAAGGAGUAAGAAAGGUGCAAAUUUAUUAUGAUGGAUAUUGUGUGCGGUGUAUUAGGUUCCAUUAUGAUAAUGGCGACAAAGUCGAAUCCCGUGAGCACGGGUCGCAAAUUGUUGAUGGGGUACAAGAAGGAGAGUUUAUCCUGGACUAUCCAAAUGAAGUUAUUAUGUCUGUUGAAGGGCUUGCCGCUAGCAUUAAUGAGAGAAUCCCCUUCGAAUUCGUGCUUGAAAGCCAAGGUUGUGCUAUUGUUGGGUUUCAUGGAAGGUCUAAUCCUGAUUCUAUUAAUGCUCUUGGAGCAUACUUUUUUCCGAUCCCUCCUUCUCAUGAUGGGUAAAAAGUGGAAGCACAAGGUGGAAAUGGUGGUUUGGGCGGUGUUUUUAUUUUUUGUGCGAAGGGCGGCGUUUAAUCAUUUUCUUUUAUUGAUCUCUUAUAUAUCUUGCGCUCUACUAUGUAUUCUCUCUUCUCUUUGUUUUGGUUUGUCUUUCUCGAUAUGAGACAUGUUUUCUAUGAAAUAAUAGACCCAUAAUAUAAUCUCUUGUUUUUU